AUGGGCUGGUUCAGUAGUGGUAAACCACCAGCUACGGUAUCAGUAGUUUCCGAGUUCAAAUCGGAAGAGCCAAAGUUUUUAGAAGACCUCCCACCGAAAUUUGAAGACAAUUCUCCCAAUGGACAAACCCAUGCGUUGCCACCUAAACAACCCACUAUUCUUGAUGCUGCUAAGCAGAUUUCACUUUCUGACUUUACCAUAGAUCGAUUUGUGCACAUGCCUUGUUUCAGAGAAGCGAUGAUCACUGGUUUCCAAGCCAUGGGUGUGUUGGGGGUAGUCACGUUCCUCAUCCACAAGAACCCGCAAAAGUCAUUCAAUUGGAGUAUUGGUGGAUUCUUUCUUGGUAAUCUAGUUGGGUGGGAACAGUGUCGAAGUUUGAGAAGAAGGAGUUUUGAAGUGAUGGCCAAGGCCAAACAGGCGCGAGAGGAAAAGAAUAUGAAAAAGUGGGAGGAAUUGAAAGGAACUAAAGACGAGGAGUUUGAAAAGUUUCAACAAUUUAAUAAUAGAAAGGAUUAA